AUGGCAUUCUCUAACUUUGCUCACACGCCUGGUACCACCGAUGUUCCCGCCGGAGAGGAAUUAGCUUCAGAUCAGAUCUGGGACCAGCAUCCCGAGAACCCAUACAACUGGAGCAACGGAAGCAAGGCUGUGCAUGUCAUGAUGCUUUCGCUCGUUUCCUUUUUAUCUUCUAUCGCUGCUUCCAUAGUUACUCCGGCCGUAACUCAUCUUGGAAUACAUUUCGACAUUGCCAGCCGUACAACCAUCAUCCUUACUCUAACUGUCUAUGUUAUUGCUCUAGCCUUUGGUCCAGUCAUUGGCGGCCCUCUUUCAGAAGUCCUGGGCCGACAGUGGAUCUAUCGCGGAUCUGUGUUCAGCGGUGCGCUUUUUACGAUUGGUGCAGCCAGGGCGCCUAACUUUGCUGCGCUUUGUUGUUUCAGGUUUCUUGCCGGUUUUUGCUGGGGUCCUACUAUGGCUAUAGCGGUCGGGUCUUGUAGCGAGCUACUAAGGCCAGAGAAGAGAGGACCUGCUAGCGGACUCGUUGUUUUAAUGGGAUUCUUGGGUCCAGGCCUCGGACCUGUGAUUGGCGCGUACGCUGUUAGCAAGCAGAGUUGGCAAUGGACGCAGUAUAUCCUACUCAUAAUAUCUGCGGCUGCUUUCCUCCUCACUCUAUUUUCUAAAGAAACUUUUCAUCCCAUCAUCCGUCACCGACUUGCUGGGAAGAAAAGUCUUCCUAGAAACGCUUACUUACGGCACCUUUUCUCUGUCUCUUUCUUCCGCCCCAUUCGAAUGCUCCUACUUGAGCCUAUUGUUACCCUGAUCUGCCUCUAUGUUGCGGUUGGUUUUGGAAUUCUAUUUAGUUUCUUCGCUGCCGUUCCAUAUGUCUUUACGCUUGUCUAUGGUUUUGACAUUGAGCAAUGUGGGCUUGUCUUUUUAGCCGUUGUUAUCGGCUGUAUCCUGGGACUUCUAACUAUAAUCCUAUGUGACAAGCUCCUCUAUCAGCCACGGGUGAAGGACUAUGCGCCUCAACUUGUGCCCCCUGAGUACCGGCUUUACGGUGCCAUGGUUGGCAGCCUUAUACUGCCUGUCGGACUGUUCUGGUUCGGUUGGUCCGCAGGUAGAGGCGCUUCAUGGGUCAACCCUGCAGCUGCAAUUGUUCUCUUUGCUUGGGGCAAUAUCUGCAUCUUCAUUAGUACAUUUCACUUUAAAGGAGACGUCUAUCAGCCUGGUGUUCUCGCUAGCGCGGCUAGCGCUAACAGCCUAGCUCGGUAUGGGUUUGCUGCUGCCUUCCCACUCUUUACCAUCCAGAUGUACCAAAAACUGGGAAUUGAAUGGGCCAGUAGCCUUCUUGGUCUUAUUUCUCUUAUCAUGUUGCCUGUUCCUUGGAUAUUUUUUAAGUUUGGCCAAGGCAUCAGGGAGAGGAGCAAGUACGACACGAUCAAAUAUUAA